AUGAAUAGUUCAAUUACGGAGGUAAACAUGAGCGUCCCGAGCCGUGCGACUAACUCAAACAAUACGAUUUUAUCUGAGGAACGGACAUGUCACAGAAGUCAAAUGACAUCAUCAGAUGCUGUUGGACGUUCAAUGGCACUUUUACCCAUAAAUCAUAAUCAUGCUCUACAUCAUGGAAUAAAAUUAAUGCCUCACAUAAACAUGCCUCACAGAGAAGUAGGAGCAACAACACCUUUGGUUAAUAACUCCGGCACAGCUAGUACGUGCUCGAUGUCCCUACCAGGUUCGAUGUCAUCGGCAUCGGACACUGUUUGUAAUAUUCUUCCACAUAACACUUCAGAUGGCAGCUCAAUAGACCUCGCUAGUCUUUUCGAAUGCCCGGUUUGCAUGGAUUAUGCUCUACCACCUAUUAUGCAAUGUCAAAGUGGACAUAUCGUUUGCGCAUCGUGCCGGUCAAAACUCUCAUCAUGCCCAACUUGUAGAGGCAACUUAGAUAAUAUCCGGAACCUCGCAAUGGAAAAACUUGCUUCCAGUGUAUUAUUUCCUUGCAAGUACUCCACUAGUGGUUGCCCAGAAACUUUUCAUUAUACAUCCAAAUCAGAACAUGAAGCAGCUUGCGAAUAUAGGCCCUAUGAUUGUCCGUGUCCUGGUGCUUCAUGUAAGUGGCUUGGUGAAUUGGAACAAGUUAUGCCCCAUCUCGUGCAUCACCAUAAAAGCAUUACAACUUUACAAGGUGAAGAUAUUGUAUUUUUGGCUACUGACAUAAGUCUUCCAGGUGCUGUAGACUGGGUUAUGAUGCAGUCUUGUUUUGGACAUAGUUUUAUGCUGGUUCUAGAAAAACAGGAACGUGUACCAGAUCAGAUAUUUUUCGCUCUUGUCCAACUCAUCGGAACUCGGAAACAGGCGGAUCAGUUUGUGUACAGACUUGAGUUAAACGGGCAUCGUCGACGAUUAACUUGGGAAGCUUGUCCACGUAGUAUUCAUGAUGGUGUUCAAUCUGCAAUCGCUGUGUCUGACUGUUUAGUGUUCGAUUCUAAUACUGCUCAUUCAUUUGCUGAAAAUGGUAACCUAGGAAUUAAUGUGACUAUUUCCCAAGUUUCUCCGUCUAUUUCAUAA